AUGCCUACUGGUGGGGAAAAUGCCCAGCAAUAUAGCGAGCUGUUUGAGUGGAUCGGGCACCGAACAUCGAUUCAAUUACAUGCUGCAUAUUUCAAGCCCACCAACGCAGCUACCGCCAACUUCCUAAGACCGUUUCUGAAUCUGGAUCAUCAAGUUCAACAGUUUGCCAUCUGUCUGAUCAAUGAGCUCCGUGGCAACAUGCCAGCCUCUCCACCGAUGCGUGUUUGGUUCCAUCGAAUACGAGAAGGUCCCAAUCUUUACCUCGCAAACGAAUUUAUGUAUGGGAAGUCUCUCAGCGAGAUCUUGUAUCAGAUUUACCACUCUUUUCGCAUCAUCUUUACCCGCCAUGAGACUAUGAUGGAUGGUGUUCACAUUUUCCUUUACUCUCCGACACUGAGAGCAAAAUCGAAAUGCCAGCUGCAACAUUGA